AUGGCUGAUUGGAGUGACGAGAUUUACAAAUAUGUCGUUGGCUGUGGGUUGGGCUUCAAUACAAGAACUAAUCAAUACAAGGUGAUAAGAGUGUUUGAUCAAUACAUUCUCAAUCCCAUUACAAGGAAGGAAGAAUAUGACAGUACGAAGGCUGAGAUACACACACUUGGCUCAGGAUCAUGGGAAAGCAUGGGUGAUUUAAUUUCUUUUAACCUUGAUGAUGACGAGCAGUUCCAAUCAGUUCCCUUUCCUUCUCAUGAAAAUGAUGACACGGUUGGUUUGAGUACGGUUGACAAUAUGUCCAUGGGAGUACUACAAGGCUGUCUAUGCAUUUGUGAUGCCUCCGACGGUGAUUCUAUUCAUGUAUGGUUUAUGAAGAAACAUGGUGUUCAACAAUCUUGGACAAAAAUGUUCUCUAUUGAUACCCUACAUGAUGAGAGGUUGUCUAACUGUUUAUAUCUGCCAAUGAAUUGCCUAAAGGAUGGGGCAGUAUUGAUGUUUAAUUAUUCUGAAAGUGCUCUGGUUUGUUUUGACCCUAAAGGAUCAAAAUUCAAAUACCUUGGGGUUCGUGGGGUUAAAUCAGAAUUCGAUGCAAUUGCUUAUAGUCCAAGCUUCAUUCCACUUAAGGACGAUGUUGUUGGAGAUAAUGUGGUGGUGCUGAAUAUCAGUUCAAGGUAA